AUGUCGGUCAACAUAUUUGGCGACCAAGUCACUGAAGAGCGUGCUGAGAACGCGCGUCUGUCGUCAUUCGUGGGCGCGAUUGCCGUUGGCGACCUUGUGAAGACCACGCUGGGCCCUAAAGGAAUGGACAAGCUGCUGCAAUCCUCCUCUUCGGGCGACUCGAUGGUCACCAACGACGGAGCCACGAUCCUCAAAGCUAUCCCUUUCGACAACCCUGCUGCCAAGGUGCUUGUCAAUAUUGCCAAAGUUCAGGACGACGAGGUUGGAGACGGAACCACGUCGGUGACCGUGUUUGGCUCUGAGCUUCUACGGGAGGCGGAAAAACUCGUUGAUCAGAAGAUCCACCCACAGACCAUCAUUGAGGGCUACAGAAUUGCCUGCCGCGCAGCACUGGCCGAGCUGGAGAGCCUAGCUGUCAACAACGUUGACAACGAGACCAAAUUCAGAGAAGACCUGAUCAACAUCGCCAAGACUACACUUUCGUCCAAGAUUCUGUCCCAGGACAAAGAGUACUUUGCCAAACUGGCUGUGGACGCUAUUCUAAGACUGCGUGGCUCGACAAACCUCGAUCGAAUUCAGAUCAUCAAGAAGGCGGGCGGCAAGUUGUCAGACUCGUUCCUGGACGAAGGAUUUAUUCUGGACAAAAGAAUCGGCGUUGGCCAACCAAAAACGCUCAAGAACGCGAAAAUCCUGAUUGCAAAUACCUCCAUGGAUACGGACAAGGUCAAAAUUUUUGGUGCAAAGUUCAAGGUGGACGCCACUAGCAAGCUCGCGGAGCUGGAGCGUGCCGAAAAGGAAAAAAUGAAGGCCAAGGUGGAAAAAAUUCAGAAAUUUGGUAUCAAUUGUUUUGUGAACAGACAGCUGAUCUACGACUGGCCAGAACAGCUGUUGAGCGAUGCCGGAAUCACCACUAUAGAACACGCAGAUUUCGAGGGUGUCGAAAGACUGGCCCUUGUCACCGGCGGCGAGGUUGCGUCCACUUUUGACAACCCAGAGAAGGUCAAGCUCGGCUACUGCGACUCGAUCGAGGAAGUUAUCAUUGGAGAAGACAUCAUGACCAAGUUUUCUGGCGUGGCUGCAGGUCAGGCUUGCACCAUUGUGCUUCGAGGAGCCACCGAGCAGGUUAUCGACGAGGCAGACAGAUCUUUGCACGACGCCCUGUCGGUGCUUUCUCAAACUACCAGAGAAACAAGGACUGUUUUGGGCGGAGGCUGCUCAGAGAUGAACAUGGCUCGUGCCGUGGAACAGGCCGCUCAGAAGGAGAGCGGCAAGAAGUCGCUUGCCAUUGAGGCCUAUGCCCGUGCUCUGAGACAGCUGCCAACCAUUCUUUGCGACAACGCUGGGUACGACUCGAGCGAACUGGUUUCGAGAUUGCGCUCAUCCAUAUACAGUGGAAUGAGCAGCUCGGGAUUGAAUCUAAACGAGGGAACAGUUGACGACAUGAGACGGUUGGGUGUCUUGGAGAGCUACAAGCUGAAGAGAGCCGUGGUGUCGUCUGCUUCUGAGGCGGCCGAGGUGCUGUUACGUGUGGACAACAUCAUCCGUGCCAAGCCUAGAACGGCGGACCGCGGAAUGCACUAG